AUGAAUGAAUAUUAUGAAGAAUCAAUAACAACUGAAGACUACAUUAAUUGUAAUAAGACUUACGAAAUUGAAGCAAAUCCUGGAUUAGAAGAAAUUAUUGCUAAUAGUAGCAAAGAUGAAGAAAUGAAAGCAUUUGAAAUUGAAAAAACGCGUCAAGGACCACUUAUAACUGCUACUUUUUCCGCUUUCUCUGAAUCUGGAUCUACAAUAACCUCACCUACCUACAACAAUUUGUGCAAUUCACCUUGCAGUUGA